AUGGCUGACACAGCCAUAAGUACCGGGGCUAAACAUGAUUCUGACUUACGUCGGAGAAAUGUCCCAGAUACCGCCAAACCCCAGACGCCUGUGCCUUACACCGCAGAGGAUGUUAAGAAGCAAAAGCCACAGUCUACUUCUUUUCUCCAGGUACUAGCCAGCUGGGAGCCAAUUCUGGCCCCCAUCAUCCUAACGGCUCUUGCCCUCUUUACUCGACUUUACCGCAUUGGUCGUUCCAACAUUGUGACCUGGGAUGAAGCCCACUUUGGCAAGUUCGGUUCCCACUACCUAAAGCGCGAGUUCUACUUCGAUGUCCACCCCCCCCUCGGAAAGAUGCUUGUUGGCCUCUCGGGCUACCUUGCUGGCUACAACGGAUCCUUUGAAUUCAAGUCCGGUGAAAAAUAUCCCGAAGACGUGAACUACACCUUCAUGCGCGCCUUCAAUGCUUUGUUUGGUGCUAUUUGCGUUCCCUUAGCCUACUACACAGCCCGCGAGUUGAACUUUCGCAAGGCUACCGUAUGGUUGAUCAGUCUGAUGGUUCUGUUUGAGAACUCGUACGCUACCAUUUCUCGCUUUAUUCUCUUAGACUCCAUGCUGCUUUGUUUCACCUUCACAACCACUUUGUGCUGGGCCCGAUUCCACCGCCUCCAGCGUGAAAGCUUUUCACUGCAGUGGUAUAUCUGGCUUUGCCUGACUGGAUUGAGCAUUGGGUGUGUGUGCAGCGUGAAGUGGGUCGGCUUCUUCUGCACCGCCAUCGUCGGUCUCUAUACCAUUGAGGACCUGUGGAAUAAAUUCGGCGAUCUGAAGAUGCCUCAGACCGUGCUGGCGAAGCACCUCUUUGCUCGUGUUGGAGGUUUGAUUGUCAUUCCAAUUCUGGUGUAUAUGGCUUCUUUCUAUGCGCACUUUUUGGUUCUGUCGAACAGUGGACCAGGAGAUGCCCAGAUGAGCUCCCUUUUCCAGGCCAACCUGCGAGGCACUGAGGUUGGCAGAGAUAGUCCCCUCGAAGUCGCAAUUGGAUCCCGUGUGACCUUGAAGAACAUGGGCUAUGGUGGUGGCCUCCUGCAUUCCCAUGUCCAAACAUUCCCCGAGGGCUCAAACCAGCAGCAGGUUACUUGUUACCAUCAUAAGGACGCAAACAAUGACUGGUUUAUCUACCCCAACCGACAAGAGGCGGAAUAUGAUGCCGAGGGAGAUUUGAGAUUCAUUGGCGAUGGAGACACCAUUCGUCUCAUUCACGGGCAGACCGGCCGGAACCUCCACUCUCAUGCAAUCCCCGCUCCAGUUACCAAGUCCCACCACGAAGUCUCUUGCUAUGGAAACCUUACCAUUGGAGACGAUAAAGAUCACUGGAAGGUUGAGGUCGUCGAUGAUGCUGCCUCCCGGGAUCGCUCCCGAAUUCGGACGUUGACGACUGCAUUUCGACUCCGCCAUCCCGUGCUAGGCUGUUACCUGCGGGCUGGAAAUGUCAACCUGCCCCAGUGGGGCUUCAAGCAGAUCGAGACCACCUGUGUCAAGGACAAUAAGCCAGGCGAUGUCUACACCCACUGGAACGUGGAGUCGCACACCAAUGAGCGCUUGCCUCCCGGAGAUCCUGGCUCCUACAAGUCGCCUUUCCUGAAGGAUUUCAUCCACCUAAACGUGGCUAUGAUGACAUCCAAUAACGCCUUGGUCCCUGACCCGGAUAAGCAAGACGACUUAGCUUCUGCCUUCUGGCAAUGGCCGAUUCUGAAUGUGGGCUUGCGCAUGUGCUCAUGGGAUGACGGUGUUAUUAAGUACUUCCUUCUCGGAAAUCCCCUUGUGUAUUGGGGCAGCACAGCAAGUCUUGGUGUUUUUGGUUUGUUGUUAGUGUGGUACCUUCUUCGCUGGCAACGAGGUUACCAGGAGCUCAGCCAGGCGGAUAUGGAUCACAUCCACUACUCGGGUCUGUACCCUGCCAUCGGCUGGGUCUUGCACUAUCUGCCAUUCAUCAUCAUGGCACGUGUGACUUACGUCCACCACUACUAUCCAGCUCUAUACUAUGCUAUUAUCACGUUCGGCUUCUGCAUUGACUGGAUCUCCCGCAGCCUGAAUGCUCGCCUCAUGGUCAUCCUUUACACCGCCCUAUACGUGACUGUCAUUGGACUAUUCAUCUACUUCCGUGCCAUUGUGUUUGGAAUGGAAGGUCCUCAUCAGCAGUGGGCUUACUUGCGUUGGUUGUCUGGUUGGCGGAUUUCGAACUAA